GCUGCUGCCCGUGGGGGUCGGGGAAAGGCUGCGGCCGGAUCGGAUUCUUUCCCUCAGGGUCGGGCUGCGGGUUAUUCCCCUAACAGCCGGACUGUACAGUGAUUGGCUACUCAUGUAGCGCUCAAUAAAAUGAGCCAAUCACAGUCAGGGCUUCCCUGGAACGCAAGGCGCAGUUAUACUUGCCCCGGUGACACAGUGACAUGGACAACAAGCGGCAGAGAGCCCGGGUACAGGGGGGCUGGGCAGGAGGCGCCAGGCCGGGCAGUCGACCAGGGUUCCCAGCGGUGCCCCCGGCCCAGAGACCCCCAGCGUGGGGCAAAGAGCAACCCACCCAGGAGAAGCAUUUUGUGUACUCGGAACCUGCAGAGGUGGUACGGAGAGUUCCGGAACCCCGGGUGAUCGAUGCUGCUGGGACCCAUGAAAUAAGCUUCUCCCCCUCGGGGGUCUCCAGGCUGCGCUUGUUCCGCUCCUUUAUUGACCCCCGGGAAGCAGACUGGAUGUUCAAGCAGCUGCACCAGGAAAUCCCUUGGAGUCAGAAAACCAAUGUCGGCCCGGAUGGAUCUUACCAGGAACCCCGGCUGACCUGCUGGUACGGGGAGCUGCCGUACACUUACUCGCGCUCUAUGAUGCAAGCGAAUCCUCACUGGCACCCCCUGCUCACCAUGCUGAAAGACCGCAUUGAGGAGGUGACGGGCUAUGGCUUCAACUCGCUCCUCUGCAACCUGUACAGGCACGACAAGGACAGCAUCGACUGGCACAGCGACGACGAGCCGGCCCUGGGCACGAGCCCCAUCAUUGCCUCCCUCAGCUUCGGGGAGACCCGCAACUUCCAGAUGAGAAAGAAGCCGCCCCCUGAGGAGCGCGGCGAUUACACUUAUGUGGAGCGCGUACACGUGCCGCUGGACCACGGAACCCUGCUGCUCAUGGAGGGGGCCACCCAGCAAGACUGGCAGCACCGGGUCCCCAAAGAAUAUCACGACAGGAGACCCAGGAUCAACCUGACUUUCCGCACUAUGUAUCCGGAACCGCUCAGCUCCUAGUCGGCUGCGGAAGCAAUGGUGGGAGGAGACGGUGGCGCCCCCUGCUGCUUUGGGGUUCUAUAAGGCAUCAAUGUGAAUGGUGGGGGGCAGUUCCCCUUGUCUGUGGGCUGUUGCUAGGGGGGUAAUCUGUGCCUUUUCCCCCCCGGCAAGUGCCCAUACGGCUCUCAGAAGCCGAUUAGAACACUAAAUGCUCUUCAGAAGCAAAAUAACCUGCUGUUAUUGGAGGAGGAGAGCCAGACCGGACCAGUUUGGAUCCCUCCUAAGCCCUGUGUCGUCCUGCGUGGGGGUUUAACCCCGUGUUGUCUGUGUUUUGGGCAGGUGAUAGUUAAAUUGACCAUCCAGGGGCCAAUGAGAGCGUCCGACUGGGCGCCUCCAGACCAAGUCAGCAGCUUAUUGGCCCUUGCGUGGGGCCCUUCCAACUGUCUUGAGUUGCACUUCUUCUAUGGCUCAGAAACAAUGAGCUAAGUAUAUUAAGUUCUGUAUAUUGAUGGGUUUAUUUAAAGACACAGGCUGCCAAAUACAAAUAAAGACACAAUGACACCCUC